AUGAAGACCUCGCAGCUCCUUCUCAGUACAAUCAUCUUCGGGUGCCGCAGUGUUGUAUUCUCUGCGGCUACCAUGAACUACAGUCGGCCUUUCGAACAACUAUUCCUUGACAUUUCUAUCGGAACAGUCCUUGAACCAAACAAUUCACUACAAUUGGUUGAGCCAUGGGCUAGUGAAUACAUGGCUUCCAUCCGCGAGGCGCGAUUCGGCGACGCUAUAUGGGCUCUAUAUCAUAUGUUUGGCACCAUUGUCGACGGCUUCGUUGAAGGUUCAAACCAAACAGUGAUGGAAGCCCUGGAAGAAUCCGCUAUGGAGUACAAAGCAACAGUACCAGACGACUAUAAACAUGCCUUGUCGGUCUACGCCAACACGAGGAGCCAUGAUACACACCGCGACGUACUUCAUCUCUUUGCAGACGUUGACCUCAAAGACGUCAGUCAUCUUCAGGAACGAGCGACCUUUGGUAUCAAAUGCGAUAUUGGGAACAACGAGGCUUACCGAUACAAUCGCCUACACCUUAUCGAGCUCAUGUCCACUAGUAGAGCCUACAUCGGCGCUCACGAUAGAACAAUCUUCCGCUACGGAAAUUGCCAUCUCAGAGUUGGCACUUUAACACAUGCCCCCGAUAUCACCCAUUGGACUGCUCAUUCUGUGGCGGAGCUGAUUGAAGGCCAUUGCACGCGGGAAUGUUGCAAUCACCAGCUGAAGACAUCGGGAUACUCACCAGCGAAUUGCAGCCACCGUAAAGUAUGUCUUAGCAACAAGGCAUGGGGUUGUUCAUAG